CACAAAUUGAGCACGAACGGAUGGUACAGGUGGGAGACGUCGUGGAUGGUGACCUUGUGGCAGCAGAGGGGCAGGUGGAGUGCUUCUCAAGCCAUUUAUUGAUGCAGUCGAUGUGGAAGGCAUGUUCACAUUUGGGCAGGAGACGCAGUACCUCGAUCUCCUGAAUUUGGCAAGGCAAACGGCGCAUUCGAAGCUGUUGCGGGAGCCUUGGAGGGAGGAGAAUCGGAAGAAGGGUAGCGAUUCAACAGCGGUAUUGUCGAUGCCGGAGACGAAACUGUCCUGGAUUUGGUGGGUGAGGCUGUGGACAGAGGAGGCGCGGUGGGAGAAUUUGGCAUAGAGGAGGAGGGCGAAGGUAAGGGCAUGAUGAACAACAUCCCGAUGAUCACGGCCAAGCUCGGCUGGAAAUUCGCAAUUGAAUCUUGCGCCAUCUACAUCGGCGGCAGCGCCGCUAGUGGUGGUGAAGAUAGUAAGUUAACAUUUCUCGGUGUUUUGGGUUUGGGAAGAAAACACUGUGCAACGCAAGCAUAAGAAGCAGCAAACCAACAACCAACCACCCGCAUGUUUUACUCACAGUUGUUGCUAUCCAAGAAGGGGGCCUUAGGCAUAGUCUGGAUGGCUGCUCAUUGCCACAAACGCCUGAAAAAGGUCCAAGUCCAGCAGACCAGCGUUCCUUCUUCUGUGGAUACGAUUUUGGAUGCUGAGGUUCCUGUGGUCACACAUAGAAUCCUAGCCUUCCUUCUUCUUGGUGUCGUGAGGAUUUAUUCCAAAAAAGUCGAGUAUCUAUUCCAUGAUUCUUACGAAGUCCUAAACAAGCUACAUGGGUUUAGAAUCGAAAGAAGAAAACAAGCGUGCACCAAAGUUUCACAAACACAUUACCACUCUAUCAUAUUCCCCAAGAGUUUUGAACUCGAUGCAUUUGAUCUGGAACAAUCAGAAAGCGAAGAUUUUAUGUGUGGAGAAGUGAGAACGGAUGAAUCAAUCAUCAUGUUAGAAGACGGAAGUGAGAAAGAUGCUUUGAUCAGCAAGGCUAUAGUUCCAUUUUCUGAAGCUUCCUCAAUGGAUUGCACACCAACUAAAGAUGUGGACAGGGAUUUGCUUGUGUGUGAAUCCACUACUAUAAAGGGUUCUUUACUUAGUGGAACCAGUUUAUAUUUAGAAGAUCGUUUAGAUCCUAUGAUGUUGGACGAGGCCGAGGAAGAUCAAUUGUGCUAUAAGGGAUGUGGAGAUGCUACAAGGGCUUGUUCUCCAGUGUUGAAGAUGGAACCUGAUUCAGUUGCUAGCCUGUCUAAUAAAAUAAGUCAUUCAGCACCAAGUUUGGAGAUACUUCGUGAAUCUCGAUGUUUAUCAGAAGGUGUUCUAGAUUUUAUGGCAUUGGAUGAGCCUGAAAUCCUACAAACAGAUAAUAGGUCAUCCACCGACAAUGUGAUGGUUAAUUUCCUGGUGCCAAUUCAAGAUGAGGAGUUUUGUUCUGUUGCAAGACCAUCCCAUCAAGUACGUGAUUUGGUUCCAAGUUCUGGUGUACAUCAAAGUGGUUUCACCUAUGUGAGUAUUCCAGAGAUUGCAAAUGUUCAGACCCCUGGCUUGAAGGAGUGUACAAAGAUUCUGAAGAAGCGAAAAAUAUUGUUUGAUCAGACAACAAUUUUAGCCAACAGCACAUUAAAAAACUGGAUAGAAGAAGAUCCAAGUGACUUGAAACGUGAAAGAAGGAAGGUUCCUCUUACUGUUCUACAUGUCUGGAGAGCCGGCAAAUAUGGCCAUGUGUCUCGGAAUCUUCUCAAUCCAUUGGUCUCUGGUAUGUCGAUGGAACUUAGUAGUCUUGUCUAUAAAGGGACUUGUCCAGCCACGGAACUGUCCCCUAGUCAGCAUGAAGUCAGAUCUCCCGUUACCGAUGAUGCACUGGUAGUUGACAAACAAACUACGAGUUUUGGAUCUAGUGUUCCACAGAUUUAUCUGGAACAAACUCCAAUUGCUCCCGGAACUCCUGUUACUACUCAUUCAAAUAAAGCCAGGACUACUAUGGAUCCGAUCAUCUCAUCUGCAAUAACAGAGAAGCGACUGCUGUUGCGUGAAGAAAAGGAAUUGAAUUGGGUGCUUCAUGAUCAUGAGGAAACAAGUUGGGUGGGCGAGGAUAGCAUUGCAAAGGAUGCAAGAGCAAGAAUGAGAUUGAGCGAUUUGAGGAGGAAGUUCCUGGAGAAGAGGAGGAAUGACGAGGAAGCAGUAUUGAAUCUAUCGCAGCUAUUGCAAGGCAAAACCCAGAGGGAGAGCGCGCAGGUGUUGUACGAUAUACUGGUACUGAAAACAGGGGACUUCAUACAUGUGGAGCAACGCAAUGCUUAUGAAGAGAUUCUGCUCAGCCCCAGCCUCAGCCCCAACCAUCAUCCCAUAUCAUCCUGGCUUCGGGAUCCCAGGAGUGACUUCGUACUCCCCGGUCCCUUCCCACCAGAGUGAGUCCAGACUCCAGAAUCUGACCCACCCCAUCCCCAUCCACCCG